UUACGACUUUUUAUUUUGCAACGGCAGCACUAUACCAAGCACGUGUUAGUAUUUGAAAAUCAAGUCUUUUGUGAUAUUUUAGAUUUGAGUAACAAUUGAGAUUUUUUAACGCUAAAGCAGGAACUUGUAGUUUAAGAAAAUGCAACAUGAUGACGUUGUUUGGAGCAUUAUAAACAAGUCUUUUUGUUCUCAUAAAUCAAAAACAGAAAGCAGGACAUUUUGUCGGCAUGAAUAUAAUUUAACUGGACUGUGUACGCGGCGAACUUGUCCUUUGGCUAACAGUCAAUAUGCAACAGUCCGUGAAGAAAAUGGCAUUAUUUAUUUGUUUGUCAAAACCGUGGAAAGAUCCCAUUUUCCGAAUAGACUAUGGGAACGGAUUAAAUUAUCAAGAAAUUUUGAUAAAGCAAUAAAUCAGAUUAAUGAAAACCUAGUUUUUUGGCCCAAAUUUAUUUUAAACAAAUGUAAAAAACGAUUUUUAAAAAUAACACAUUAUUUAACACGAAUGCGCAAAUUAAAAUUAAGAACGGAAAGACUUAUAAUUCCUCUGUCAAGAAAAGUAGAACGCCGUGAAAAAAGGAGAGAAGAUAAGGCUCUAAUAGCAGCAAAAGUGGAAAAUGCAAUCGAGAAAGAAUUAUUAGAACGUUUAAAAAAAGGUGUGUACCAAGACAUUUACAAUUUCCCUGAAAUUGCUUUUACAAAGGCUUUGGAAGACGAGAAUAUUGAACAGGAAGGCAAAGAAAGUAACAUUGAUCAAGUUGAAGAAGAAGAAGAGUUUGAAUAUAGCGCAAUGCAAAAAGAGCUUUAUAACACCAAAAAGUCACUGAUUGGGGAUUAUGUAGAAGAAUAUUCUGAAAAUGAGUUUGAAAAUAACGAAGAAAAGAGUGCAAUCCAAAAUAACGAAUGGAUAGAGGAAGAUAUUCUCAGUGAUUCUGGUACAAGAGUUCGUGUCGACAUUGCAAGCGAUUUCGAGUCUUCAGAAGAAUCUGAUGUUGAGAAUUGUGGUGGAACUUUUGUUAAAAAACAAGUUUGGCAAUUGAAGAAAAAACAGGAAAGUGGAGAUUCAGCAACAAUGAUUCAGAAACCCAAAAAAUCUAAAAACUUACGUAAAAUGGUAAAACCAAGAGUUGAAAUCGAGUACGAGGUGGAAAUGGAAGUCCCGUCAAGUCAAAUAGUGAAAUAAUGUACAGUUGUACAAAAUAUUGUUUUUCUAUAAUAUAAGUUUAAUAUACAGACAAA